GUUGGCAACAUUCUCAGAGGGUUCCUACAUCGUCUUUUUUUUUCGCGGUUGGCGACUUUCAUCAUGUCGCAGGACCGGGGGAAGGAUUCGGUAGACUCGCUCACGACCGCCCGACAAGGUCAUAACACGAAGAUGUUUGACUCACCGUUCAAGGUCGACCCGACAGUCGACAGCAAGCGGGACGACCCGGUGUGGCAUUUCGUGGUCAGAGGGCGUUAUUUGGAUGGGUCGACGGCGGCGGGCAGGAAGAGCGGUCGUCGAUGCCUGUGCAGGUUGUGCGGGCGUUCGAUUUGUGGGGGCGCUAAAGCCGCCAAGGAGCACUUCUCGAAGAGCGAGAAGUUCCGACGUGAGGCAGCCACUCCUGCUGUGUGGAAUGCGAUUUGGUCGAAGGACAUGACAAAAUGUCCAAAGGAGUUCGCGUCGGCCAUAGAAACGUUGCAGAGCCACUUGCCAGGUCAUCCGAGCUUGCAGUGGCCACCUCUUCGAUUCCUCGAGGACGCAGUGCCGCCGCUGGUUCCUCCCACCGCCCCUUCUGGAGCCGUCGCAUCGCCCAAUUCUGGGGCUCCGGCCAUUCGAGUCACGGUACCGCGUCCUGCAACAACAGUUGCAACACGACCGGCAGCCCCGCCGUCUGCGCCGCUGGCUGGGACACGAGGUGCUCGCGAUGUGGGAGUUGGUCGUUCCACGCCAGCCAACGAGCCCCCGCCGCUGAGGGAUGGUGUGGGCUCUGCGGCAUUUGACGAGGAGAGCACACAUGCAUUUAUUGAGAGUCGCAGCGGGAUGCCGUUCAACAGCACGAAGCUUGAAAGCUUCAAACGCAUGUUCACGAUCAUAAUCCCGCCGGGGGUUCCAGGGGCGCCCGCGCCUAGACUUCCCUCGUACCACAUGCUGCGCACGACCCUUUUGGACGAGCUGGAUGGUGAGGUCCAGAAGUGUGUUCGGCCAGUGCUUGACACGUCGAGAGAGACCGGUUGCACAAUCAUGACCGAUGGUUGGACCAACAUCCGUGGUCAGACGUUGUGCAACUACCUUAUUGGUACAGAGAUCGGGGUGGUGUAUGUGUCCACCGACGUCAUGCGUGGCAAAAAGGACGCCGGUGCCCUCGCGAACGCAUGGUUGAAAAGGGUGAAGUCCAUGGACGUUCAAUUGAGCGACAUCACGGCGUUCGUGACGGACUCCGCCGGGGUGAACGUCGCGGCGAUGGAGGUAUUCCAAAAAGAUGAAAGCGUGAAACACAUCUUCUGGAUUCCUUGCGUCGCCCACAUCAUGGAUCUCAUUCUCGAGGACAUCGGCGGGAUUGAUUGGGUGGCUUUCCGCAUUUCUCAAGCGAGGCUGGUUACAAGGUUCUUCAAGCGCCAUGGACAUGCGAGAGAGGUUCUUGAGGCGCACUCGACGAAGACUCUUCUGCUACCGGCGGAGACGCGUUUCGGCACGAACAUCAUCAUGAUGGAGGAGAGGCUGGUGGCACUGCGGGCCGCAUUGACAGAUGUUGUGGCCGACGAUCGCUGGCGCGAGACUGUUUGGUCGACCAGCAAGAUCCGCAAGGAUGCAGCGGAGGUCACUGCAUGUAUCAGCUCCCCUCCAUGGUGGGAGGAUUUGAGAGCUCUGUGCAAGAUGCUAGAGCCCAUCAUGGGCAUGCUGAAGUUGGUAGACAGCGACACACGCCAGAUCAGCAAGAUUCUGCGACGUUACGAGGAAAUUAUUGCAUCUUGUUUAUCCGCAUGUCGUGACAUUGAUCGGGAGCAGCAGGACGCUAUUGUGGAGGUGUUCCACAGGCGGCGCACCAUGUUCAAGACCCCCGCCCACACGGCAGCCAUGCUGCUAGAUCCAGAGUUCCGGGACGCGACGCUUUGUGACGAUGCGGAGGUGCAGCAGGCCUUGGUCGAGGCCCUUGUCCAGUUCGGCUACCCGGAGGAUUCGCCGCAGCACCGGGAGGUCCAGCGAGAGGUCGCCAAGCUCCGCACGAGGGAGCCCCCUUUCGAUGAGCUCACCAUGCGGCGAGCUGCGGAUAUCUUUGAUCACCCUGCCAGUUUUUGGUCCUCAAAGAAGGCGAAGUUCCCUCACACGGCCGUGUUUGCAGGCAGGAUCCUUCGUAUAUGGGCGACCGCCUCACCGUGCGUGAGAGCGUGGUCUCGUUGGAGCUUCAUUCAUUCGAAGUCUCACAACAGGUUGGAGGUUCCCCGGGCUGAGAAGCUUGUGCGGUGCCACUGGAACCUCAGGCUACUCGAUCGACCUUCGUUGUGCGACGAUGGUGUUGGAGAGAGGCCCGUCGUCUUCGGGAAAUGGGUGCAUUAUUGGCAGGCCGUGGAGGACGAGGCAGCCGUGGACCAGCAGCUCGUCAGAGGCACCGGUGUUCUGGCGAAGGUGACCGAGGAGGAGUUGAGCCUUGCCAGAGAGAGGAUGCGCGUCAUUUCCCACAUGGGAGCCGAGCGUCGGGUGGCGGAGUCGGAAAGGAGGCGACGCAGGGCUGGUGGUCGGGGACGUGGCGGUCGUGGACGAGCAGGUGUCGGAGGACGUACACGUGGCGAUGCGGGUUCCGCUCCUCGUACUCGGCGACAGCGGACGGAUGGUGGCAUUCGCAGGGCCCGCAUGCGUUGGGACGAGGGUGACUUCUUGUUCGACAGCACAUCCAGCGACGACGACGAUUUCUUUGCGUCGGGAACACAUGCAUCCACGGGUGAUGAUAGAGGUGACGCUGAUGACAGAGGCGAUGACAGAGGCGACGGUGAUGACAGAGGUCCAGGAAGCCGUGCAAUGUCCGGAGGGAUGAUGUCUUCAAUCUCGUACUCCAAAGGCUCAGACGGAGGUGGUUGAGGAGUUUGAGAGCGUAGCAAUUCCAAAAC